CGGCAGGUGGAUGCACCAAGGCAGUCGACCUUAUCCAGGAAACGAGUGUUGAACUUCUAGACAAAAGCAGCAGUCGCCGCAUGCCACGGCGAAGGUCACCUCGACAUGUCGUCGAAUGAAAGCGGUGUCUCGGUGGAGGCAGUCUCUUCUUGUCUAUCGAUGCGCAAGCCUUCAAAUACUUCCCCAUGUUGCUCUUGCUUCUGCAACAACACUCGCGGAUCCGUCCCCAGCGCCUGUUCCGUCGAACCAAGUACACUCUAUCGCACUAUUUUUCAGUGGUCUUGCGAAGACCUGUACGCUGUUCCUCAAGACUGGUCGCUACCUUCGUCGCGGCGUUGUGGUUCCACGGAGAUUCCUCCGUCGGGGUCAGUCCAUUUCAGCUCAUCUUGCGCAGCCUCCCUCGAAGUACCAAAAACUUGAGUUGUGUCAAGCCCGCCCUGCGAUGAAUCUGCUGGUUCAAAUAGCGCGGCCCGAAGAUUCGGCGGUAGGAGACGAAGACAUCGCACAGCUUUCCCUCGCGCGACCGCAAUCGCUGUUUGAUGCUGAAUUCCAGCACCUGUACGACCACGCAGCCGACUAUCUCGACGUCCCUCUGGCUUAAAGAUCCAUUUGCUUCAUCUUGUCGUUGAACAAAGCUAUCUAGCGAGUUCGCUCGUCGUGUUGUUACAGUCGCCGUUCGUCGGCACAGAUAGCCGUACGAUGUGACAACUAUUGUAUCGCGGCAA